AUGGAGUCGUCGCGUGGCCCCCCCAGGGUCAAGAACAAGGCCGCUGCGCCCAUCCAGAUCAGCGCCGAACAACUUUUGCGCGAGGCCGUCGACCGCCAGGAACCCGGUCUCCAGGCCCCUACCCAGCGCUUUGCAGAUUUGGAAGAAUUGCACGAGUACCAAGGCCGCAAGCGCAAGGAGUUUGAAGACUAUGUCCGCCGAAACCGUCUUAACAUGGGCAACUGGAUGCGCUAUGCCGCCUGGGAACUCGAACAGAAGGAAUACCGCCGCGCGAGAUCCGUAUUCGAACGCGCCCUCGAUGUCGAACCUACCAAUGUGCCCUUGUGGCUACGCUACAUUGAAGCCGAGAUGAAAACGAGGAACAUCAACCAUGCCCGAAACUUGCUCGACAGAGCCGUCACAAUCCUGCCUAGAAUCGACAAGCUAUGGUAUAAGUACGUCUACAUGGAGGAGACUCUCGGCAACAUUCCCGGUACUCGUCAGGUCUUUGAAAGAUGGAUGAGCUGGGAGCCUAGCGAGGACGCCUGGGGUGCCUACAUCAAGAUGGAGAAGAGAUAUGGAGAGUUUGACCGCGCUCGAUCAAUCUUCGAGAGAUUCACCAUCGUCCACCCCGAGCCCAAGAACUGGAUCAAAUGGGCCCGUUUCGAGGAAGAGAGUGGAACAAGCGAUCAUGUCAGAGAGGUCUUUGGUAUGGCCAUCGAAACAAUGGGCGAGGACUUUAUGGACGAGAAGCUCUUCAUCGCCUAUGCUCGCUAUGAAGCUAAGCUCAAGGAGUACGAGCGCGCAAGAGCCAUCUACAAAUACGCUCUGGAUCGCAUGCCCAGAUCACAGUCCGCCAACCUCCACAAGAAUUACACCACUUUUGAAAAGCAAUACGGAGAUCAGGAGGGCGUCGAGGAUGUUGUCUUGUCGAAGCGACGAGUACAGUACGAAGAGCAGGUCAAGGAGAACUCAAAGAACUACGAUGCCUGGAUUGACUACGCAAGACUGGAAGAGUCUCUAGGUGAUGCCGAGCGCACAAGAGACGUAUACGAACGUGCAAUUGCUCAAGUGCCUCCGACACAAGAGAAAAGACACUGGCGACGAUACAUCUACAUUUGGAUCUUCUACGCACUUUGGGAAGAGAUGGAAAAUAAGGACGUCGAACGCGCCAAACAGGUGUAUGCUGAGUGUCAAAAGCUCAUCCCUCACAAAAAGUUCACCUUUGCAAAGUUCUGGCUGCUGAAAGCACAAUUCGAAAUCAGACAGAUGCAACUGCAAGCAGCCCGCAAGUCGUUGGGUAUCGCAAUAGGCAUGUGUCCAAAAGACAAGCUGUUCCGUGGUUACAUCGACCUCGAGCUCAAACUCUUCGAAUUCAUGCGUUGCCGCACACUCUACGAGAAACACAUCGAAUGGAAUCCGGCCAAUUGCCAAGCGUGGAUCAAGUUCGCAGAACUGGAACGAGGACUGGAGGAUCUUGAACGUACACGUGCCAUUUUCGAAUUGGCAGUCGAUCAACCCUUACUCGAUAUGCCGGAACUGCUCUGGAAAGCUUACAUCGACUUCGAAGAAGAAGAGGGUGAGUGGGACAGGACGAGAAGUUUGUACGAACGCCUGUUGGAAAAGACAGGCCACGUCAAGGUCUGGAUCAGCUACGCACAUUUCGAGAUCAACGUACCGGAUCCAGACGAGGAGGACGCGGACGAAGACGAGGAAGAGGAGAAGCCAAUCUCCGAGAACGCAAAGCUGCGCGCACGCAAGGUCUUCCAACGAGCAUACGAGGACAUGAAGCAAAAAGACCUCAAGGAAGAGGUAAGUUUCUCUUUGUCACCGAACACAUCUCAAUUCCAUGAUACUAACCUACCUCAGCGCGUGGCCCUCCUCAAUGCAUGGAAAUCCUUCGAAACGACACAUGGCUCGGCCUCGGACCUCGAAAAGGUGGAACAGCAAAUGCCUCGUCGCGUCAAGAAGAGAAGAAAGUUGACCGAAGACGAGUGGGAGGAAUACAUGGACUAUGUGUUCCCAGCCGACGACGAGAGCGCAGCCAAAAUGACCAGGUUGUUGCAGAUGGCACAGGCUUGGAAGAAGGAGCAAGCGAGUGGUUGA